AAAGGGAAGAGCAGAAUUGGAAGCCAAAAAAAUUCUCUGUUUGGUCAUUACCUUAGCCUGAAGCUUUUGUGCCGAGAUUGUUAUCCACUGUUAAAAGCUUUAUAAGUUUCUCAAAACCCCCAAAUAAUUCACCAACCAGAGAGCGCUCUCUCUCUCUCUCUCUCUCUCUCUCUCUCUCUACCCGUUCGGUAUUAUCAGAAUUCAAUUUGAAGAUAGCAGAGGCAAAAGGUUUUUCUUUUUCUAUUUUUAAUUUCCUCUGUUGUCAUUCCCUAUUACUUACACCUCAAAAGGGUUGUGCUUUGGAGAGCUCAUGAAUUCAUGUGGACAGGUCUUGUUCAGUAAAUGAGUGGCUGCUUAAAGUGGAGAAAAUGGCGCUAGUGACCCAUCAAAUGCAGAGUUCAUAUGCAACAUUUCCAGCGAGGCUUUUAUCAUGGAACAAAGGGUUCAAAUUGAAGAAACAUGUAGCAACACUUCACUUGUGUGGAAAAACAGAUAGGUGUUUCCCAAUAAAGCGUAAUCUUCAUUUAAGUGUCGGGGCUUGUGUUCAUGAACGCAAAGUGAAGCUUUUGAAAAUUUCAGCCUUUAAAGGUAGUGCACAAAAUGCAGAAUCUGGAAACAGAGCAAAUGGAUCCAAAGUUGCAAAGCAUUCUGUUAAAGUUUCUUAUGUACCAAAAGAAAGUGGGGAGAACAUAAUGGAAUCUCCGAAGGUUCACAGUAUUCCAGUUUCCUAUACCUCUGAUGGAAAUGAGGGGAUUGCAGGAUCACCUGCUAUUCAUAAAUUAUUCAAGAAAUGGUUGAACAUGUUGCGCACAAAAUCACCAAUUCAAGGAGCAGCUGAAAUUUUGGGUGAAGGACCACCUUCAAGUGAAGAAUUACAACAAACUCAGAGUACUGCUCAAACCAGGGAAAGAGGCAAGAUACUAAAGGCAGUUUGGAUUCACUUUCUGGGACUAGAUGCAACAUUAAAGAUACCCUUAUUGUUUUUCGUCCCUUUGUACCUUGCAGUCAAUGUGAUUUAUGGGGUUGAUGUGUCAAAGGAGUUGACUCCUUUGUGGAUUUUGGGGCCGCCAAUUGUAGCAUUCUACAUCAAGAUGCUCCAAGUUUUGUGGGCUCUCUACGUCUUCAGCUUUAGACAGACAGUAAAACUAAUCAAGAACUUACCUAUUUACUAUUUGGUGGCCUCUAGCUAUAUUUCUCAGGGGAAGCUUAAACAAGAUGUACAAGCUCGUGUGUUCCAACCUGUCUUAAACGUUAAGAACCUAGACUACAAAGAGUUAUCAAGGAAAAAGAUGAAGGAAUUUGAAGAGUGGUUCAUGGAUAAGUACCUUGAUUUUGUGGAAUCUAUAUGGCCCUAUUACUGUAGGACUAUCAGAUUCUUAAAGAGGGCUAAUCUGAUUUAAAUUGGGGAUGUUAAAGUUUUAGGUGACGGCAACGAGUUGAUAUUAGUUUCUUCAGAAAAAGUUUGAGGAGUUCGAGAUUUUUGAAAUAGAGCUGGCAAACCACCCCAUUUUAGACUAGGGUUAUUCUCGUGUCUUCAUCAAGUCAAGCAUCACACGACGAGCAGAUUUUUCAGAUUUCUGUAAUUUUGUAGGGCAUUCCUGCGCAAGAUUCCAAUCAUCUCGUUUCUUUUUGUAUUAUGUUCUUCGAGGUUCCAUAAAAGCCAUGGAAGUAUUUCAACUUUAUUGAGUUAUAAAUGGGCAUUUGUAUGUUUA